AUGAAAUCUUCGGCGUUACGACUCCUUGCCCUGGCAUCUUUUGCGCCCUGUCUCAUCUCUUCUCAGGACGCUCCUCUUCCACCUGAAGAUCCUGCGAGCACGUCGCUUGUGUUUGUUACCCACGGUCCCCCAAGACCUGUUAUACCAUUGCCUGGAAAGUCAGCAACUUCUUUGGCAGACAUUCCUGGGAAUGAUGAGCCAACCCCCGAUGACGAUCCAGAUGCAGCUGAGUCGGGCUCUUCAAAGACCAAGAGUCCUGGUGAUGUCGACGGCAAUGCUUCAUCUGCUGCAACACCUACCGGCCAAGAUGAGAACCCAUCACCCAUUGAUGAGGAAUCUCAGCCCGCCGUUUCACAGACCCAAGCUCCUUCAGAGGGUGAAAGCACUGUGACCCAGGACGUUCCUGGGCCCCCGCAGGUUACUUCAGGACCCGCGGGUCCAAAAUCAACUGCCGAGGGUGAUGGGCCGCCUGUGACAGCUGCUCCUGUAACGGAAACAGAAGGGGAACAAGCGACAGUUACAGGCUCUGAUGACGAAGUCGUUACUUGGAGUGCAGUUCGAGACCCUGAGCAUAUAGACAACACCAAAACAAUAACUCAGACUGAUGAUGAUGGAGCUAUUGUCCCCAUAUUCCCUGGAGGUUGGUGGUGGUCCCGACUUGACGGUCUCAAGGGUGGACCACUGCCGACCGGUGAUCCCAAACCAAUAGACAAAGGUAAGGAUGACCCCGAGGAUGAUGAUAAAGACGAGGACGAUGAUGAUGAUGACGAGGAAGAGGGGUGCACUACUACAGCUCCACCAAAGUGCACUUUGACUCUCUCAUAUUACACAGGCGAAGACGGCGAGAGAACAAGCACCCGUAUCGGUAGUUGUGCCCCAGUCACAGGAUGCGUUUCCGGUGAACAAAGCACAACAACCACUACGGUCGCCUCUGAUGUCCCUCGCAUUACCGGCGUGUUGGAGAAACAUGACUUCGGAAGGGAGGAUGUUGAUCUAGGCCCCAUGGAGGAAGACACCGUGAAGUACUUUGCUGAAAUGUUCAAGAAAUGGGGCAUAUCCAGCAACAGCACGGAGGCUGAGCCACCUAAGCCUUCAUGCGAUAUGUAUGCCUAUGGAGCUGAUGCCGAAUGCAUGGAGUUGUUUGCGGCCUCCUUCUGUGAUACCGUAGAAGGGGACAAUAACGAGGCAGUCUCAAGAAAACUCACUUACGAGGAUGUUGUUGGAGACGCCAAGAGGGUCGUCGCCACUGGUGCAGAGAGAAGAAGCCUUCGGCGUCGAAAGUCGAAAUGCUCGUCGCAUGAAUUCGACUUUGAAUGGACUGGCAGCGAUGGUUCCUGCGACCUCUCUUGCUCCAAAGCAUACUCGCAGCUUCAAAGCCAGUGUCACAGGUCACUUUACUUUGCUGGGUUGGCUAAAAAAGGGAGCAUAGACAUAGGCUGCGGCACCUACAGCUAUCGCGUCUCCAAGAAAGCUGACUCUGCCAGCACCACGCUACCCUCGGCGACUUCCCAGGCCAAGACAAAGACAGCAGAUCCAAAGCCCACAACGACGGACGUAAAGUUCGAGAUCCAGAAUCUUCAGUGCAAUAACGAGGACGACUUUCGGGGCCAUGUCGACAUUUCAAGCGGCGCUGCUUAUGACGUGAUCUUUGACGCGUGCACACACUCCGACAAAGAGAAUUUAUACAUGACAUCUGAAUCGGAACCGUAUGUGAAGGAAUUCAAGGACACUGACAGUCACAAGCACCGUGUGACUUGGUCUUGGAUCGACGGGUGCAGUAUGAAGAACGAGAAGGUCAGCGUCUUGGACCCGCUCGACGAAGGGUUACUGUCGAGAGGCGUUAUGCGCUGCGUUAUGGUCCUCAUAGAUGCUUGGUUUGGUUGUGACAACGGUGGUGUGGGAGGUUCAGAAGAUGUCGGUUGUGUUCGGUACAAGCUAGACUCCGGUAUAUGA